AGUCUGCAAGCCAGUGAAGUAACCAUUCCAAGCCAGAAGAUGGCGCUUGUCAAAGGUGUCUGGCACUCAUGCUAUGAAACGGUGUACUCUUGCAAGAGUGCAAGAGGCAUACGCUUGUUUUUCUUUUGUUCUUCUGUGAACCAUAGUGGAGACAUGGAUGUUAGUGUAAAUUCCUAUUGUACCGUGUUGGAUAAAACAAGCCAAUCUAAAUUCCUUUGUUACACUCGCAGGAAAGACGGAAUGCUUAGUGUCUGUCUGACAGAUGCUGCAAAUGUCUGGAGUGUGGAGUACACUAAGGACAGUCUGAAGCACCUUGGGCAGCGGUUUGCCUUAAAAUCUACAGAGGAUUAUGUCUUAAAACUCAGGGCAUCCUGCAAUAGUGGAGAUGUGUCUGUUUCCGUGCAUGAGGUUGGUGCAGAGCUGCGUUUGGGAUCCAGUCCAGGAGACCUGAGUGUAACUCUGUCCAGACUGGAAGGUCCACAGGCCACAGACAAGUUGAGGGAGCUGCUGUUCACGAUGGCUGACAGCCUCACACAGCUUGACAGUGGCCCCUCAAGUGGACCCCCCUCAGCCAGUCCAGUGAAAAACCAAAGACGGCCCACAGAGUUUGAGCCCUGGCAGCAGCAGAGCAGCGCUCCAGCAAUGACCAUGAAGAGAAGACUUCCGGGGUCCUCGCUCAUCAACCCUGGGGUUAAAAAAAAGCAGCAAGCGACUGGCGUUGCCUUUGAUGAUGCAGAUGAAGACUGAUCUUCCUCCUUGUACUCAUAGUCCUGCUGCGCAGCCAGAGAUGAAUGAUCUUUUAAUCCACUAACAGAACAUGAAAACCUCAGUGCAUAUUUAUGGGAUCAAAGCUUAAACUUUAACUGCUUUUUAUUAAACAAUGACUUUUAAUGCUAUAUAAUGGUUGUCUCCAAUAAAUGAUUGAAUGAUAAUUUGUAAUAAAAUGACAUAA